CACUGUUGCCCCUUUGUGAACACUAAAGUCGUGUUUUUUAUGCGUAAUUUAAGAAAGUAAUUAGUAAUUUUCUGAAUUAUGCGUAACCUCAAGUUGCAGUCGUGCAAACAACUGGACUUAAAAGUGUCCAAUGUUAAAUACCUGCUACUGGAUCCAAACGCAAGCCGAAAGGAGGCUGAUACACUUGUCUAUGUAGUGACAGAUUCUGAAGUGAACGAAGUAAAAACAUCGACCGGGAGCAUAAAAGAAAUAGCCUCCGUUCCUGGUAUCGUAGCAGCAGAGUAUUUGGCGCUAAAUAAUGAGAUUUGCCUGGCCACACAGGCAGGCGAAGUACUCGCUGUUUCACCCAGCACCGGAACCAUCAACGAGUGCACUUUUUGUGGGGUAGGUUUGCAGUGCAUGGCAUGGAGUCCUGAUCAGGAAGUUGCUGUUUUUAUAACAAAUUCAGGCAAUGUUGUUGUUAUGACUUGCACCUAUGACGUCAUAACCGAGCAUGUGUUGGAGGAACAAUGCGAUCCCGACAGCCAAUUCGUUAAUGUAGGCUGGGGUAAAAAGGAAACACAAUUUCAUGGUACGGAAGGUAAGGCAGCCGCUAAAACGAGAAACGAUUUCAAGCCACCGGCGAAAGUAGAGGAACUGCCACAAGAUGUGAAUAUUACAUGGCGCGCAGAUGGCGCUUACUUUGCCGUAUCAUUUGUUAGUUCUGAAGCGGGUCGCAUGUUCAAAGUGUUCAAUAAAGAAGGCGAUUUGACAUAUAUAUCUGAGCGUUGGAAUGAUUUGCAACCACCGAUCGCAUGGCGACCUUCGGGCACUUGGAUUGCAGUGCCUCAAAUGUUUCCCAAUAAAAGCACCGUCGCUCUGUUUGAAAAGAAUGGCUUGCGGCAUCGUGAAAUCGUACUGCCGUUCUCAUUGAUCGACGAGCCCAUACGUAGUCUGCGCUGGAGUAACGAUUCAGACAUACUCGCAAUUGAAACGUUAGAUUCAACCGCGCAAAAGCAACGCCUGUACUUUUAUACGAUCGCAAAUUACCAUUGGUAUCUAAAGCAGGUGCUAACUUUUGACAGAACGGAUCCUAUUGCAUACCACUGCUGGGACCAACGAAUAGGCGAGGAAAAGACUUUGCACGUGUGGCUAGAAAGUGGUAGAUACCUAAUUUACCGCUGGCGAUUCGAUUUCGAUCGCUAUGCACGCAGUGGCAUUGUGGCUGUCAUCGACGGUAAAAAGUUGCUAUUGACCGACUUUUCCAAGGCAAUUGUGCCACCGCCAAUGUGUAGCAAAGAAAUUGAGUCAGAUACGUACAUCAACGCAUGUGUCAUUUCAAGAAAUAAUAACGGAAAUUUGCAGUUGUGCAUUUACGACGCCAAUGAGCAGUUGCAGCUGUUUGUAGCGAACCAUGUUGAGAAUUCACUAGCUUUUGAGAAAGUUUGCGUUUUAGAAAAGCUACAAACAUAUUUGGGGGAGUACAAUACACCACCAUCGGAGCUGGGCAACUUGUUUUGGUUCGAUGAAAACUACUUAGUAGCAACCGUUAACGUUAAUGAAAAGAGCAAAGUGCUUUUGCUUAUAUUGGAUACUGGAGCGAAAACCUAUGACGUGGUCACUGCCAUACAGCUGAACUCCAACGCGGCUUGCAGCUGCAUGGGAUUUGUUACAUUGGAGCAGUGCUUUGUGCAAACUACGGAUGGAAAAAUUCAGCAACUAUCACAACAAAACGAUACUACGCUCAAAUUGGACAAAACAUACCAAGAACUGGAGCAAGCCGCAUUGCAGCUGGAGUGGCAUCAAACGCAGUCAGCGGAGUCUGAGUGUCUUAUUGCUUUACUACAAAAUCGGCGCCUAUAUAUUGACAGCGAGCUAGUGUCCGGCGACGUGACGUCCUUCUGCUUGGCAGGCAACUACUUAGCCUAUACUAAACUGACUGAAUUGAAUUUCGUGCUACUGUCCACACGCCAACACGUUUACAGACGCAAUAUGGAGCGUGGCGGCAGAAUCGUUACGACUAUGGCGAAUGAUGCGCGUGUCGUGCUACAAAUGCCGCGUGGCAAUUUGGAAGUUAUUUCGCCGCGUGUGCUGGCGCUGGAGAUUAUCGGAAAACAAUUGGAUCAAAAACGCUACAGUGAAGCUUUCAAUAUAUUGCGAAAGCAACGCAUAAAUUUGAAUAUUCUUUGUGAUCAUAAUAUGAUGAGCUUUGUGCAAAACGUAACUAUCUUCUUGAGUCAGAUCACGAAUCCGAAUUGGUUGAACUUAUUCCUGACUGAUCUGCAGAACGAGGACUUUUCGAAAACAAUGUACGCAAGCAACUACACCGCAGCUCACCAAGUAUAUCCCGAUGGCUUCAAAAUCGAAUCCAAAGUGGCAUACCUCUGCGCGCUGUUGUGCGCGCGUAUGGCGGAAAUUAAUAAAGAACGUUUUCGAUUGCCCAUCAUUACGGCGUAUGUGAAAACAGGCAAGCUGGAGCAAGCGCUUCAAUUGAUUUGGCAAGUGAAGAAAGAGCAGAUUGAAUUGGCGAAACAGUCAGAGGGCCCGGUGCAAGAAGCAGCCGAGGAGGCGCUCAAAUAUUUACUCUACCUAGUCGAUGUAAAUGAAUUGUAUAAUGUCGCCCUAGGCACGUACGAUUUUGGUCUGGUGCUUUUUGUCGCGCAAAAAUCGCAAAAAGAUCCGAAGGAAUUUUUGCCAUUCCUCAAUGAACUAAAACAGCUGGAGGUGAAUUAUCGCAGAUUCAAAAUCGAUGAGCACUUGAAGCGCUAUGAAAAGGCGCUGGAAAAUAUCUCCAAAUGUGGCGUUGAAAAAUUCUCCAUAGCUUUGGAGUUCAUCCAGCUGCACGAGCUGUAUAAGCUGGCAUUAAAGUUUUACAAAAUAGAUGCAGAAGAAAAUGAAGCGAAAGAAGGGCAACAUUCUUUGCGGGAAUGCCAGCGUCAGAUCUGUUUAGCUUUUGCAGACUAUCUGCGCGCUAAGAAUGAGCUCGAAAGUGCGAGUAUUAUGUACGAGCGUGGCGGCGAUCUCACACAAGCGCUGCUCAGCGCCAAAAACGUAUUGGAUUGGCGGCGUGUUUUGAUGUUGGCGCAAAAGGAUGGAAAGGAUAUAGCGACGGCGGCAUUAUCCAUGGUAUCUGCGCUGCAAGAGCAAGGUCGGUACGACAUUGCCCAUCAGCUGCUCAAAACGUAUGGCACAAACUUCAAAGAAGCGCUGCAAUGCCUGCUCAAGGGUAAUCUCUAUUUGGCAGCGAUUCUGGAAGUCCACAUGAACCGUCAAGAGAUCGAUUUACUAGAUGAGGUCGUAAAGCCAGACUUGAUUGCAUACAGCAAGCAAUUGGCACAGCAGUUGGCUGAUGAUGAAAAGCUCUUCGUUGAGCACAAACAACGUUUGCAUGAUGUGCGUGUGCUGGCGCAAAAAAAGCGCGAUGGACUCGUGAAUUGUUAUGAUCAGCCAGAUAUUGACGAGGCAGAUUUGCUGUCUGACACUACCAGUUUGCGCUCAUCACGCUACACGGGUAGCUCGCAAGGCACUGGCAAAACAUUCCGCUCGAGCAAGAAUCGGCGAAAGCACGAACGAAAAUUGCUAAGUCUCAAGCCGGGCAAUCCAUUCGAAGACAUCGCACUUAUCGACGCGCUGUAUAAUCUAGUCAUGAAGUUGGCCAAUCAGCAGCAACAGAUGCGUGACACAUGCAAAGCCUUAAUUGAAUUGCAGCUGGAUGAAGUGGCUGGGGCGCUGCAAACGCAAUACGGUCACUUAUUGACGUUGAUGCAAGACUCCUUCGAUGCGAUAUGGACAGACGAAAUGGUGAAUACGCAAGCAAUGCAGUACAAACCAACACCUUACACCGAUUACACACAACUGCAAAAUGAGCAACGCUACGCUGUGUUAGCUCCUCAAAAGCGUUUCAAGCCGCAAAUAAAUCUUAUUGAUUGGAAGUGUGAAAUACUGGCUUAAGCGUGCACGACACAUACAAAUCAAAUUAACCAACAAAUCACUAACAUCUUCAGCUGCAAGCAUGCGCACUUUGCUUGGUCUUGGUCUGGUGUCUAAUCGUCUAGCAUAGCAUAAAUUAGCGUAAAGUACUUUAGUAAUUAAUCAAAUUUGUAUUUACAAGCAACAUUUUUAUGUACAAAUGUACACGUAUACAACAACAGUAAAACAUUGUAAUAAUAAAAAUAUGUGUAUGUAUAUAAAUUGCAAUGUUUACGUUAAAUUUGGUGCAUACGUAGUUGAUUAAAACAGAAAGUGAAACUCUUUUAUGUUAAAUGAAAAAUUAUGCAAAUGUUUCUCUUUUUUUUUUAAUGAAAUGUUUUUACUUUUUUCAAAUACUGCUCAACCUGCACGCUUCUGAUUGAGUGCGUGGUUUGAUGGGUGCCUGGCGAUAGUUGGGCAACCGUGAAAAUCGAUGUUUUUAAAUAAGAAAUUAAAACUUACACCGUGCAAAUAUACAGAUUCCUAUAUUACUUUCACCAA